AUGACGGACAAUCAGAAGCCGCUAGGCUUACUCUUCGACAUUGGAGGCGUGUGUGUUGUGUCGCCAUUUCAAGCAAUUCUGGACUAUGAAAUUGCCAACAAAAUUCCCACCGGAUGGGUAAACUUCAGCAUCUCGCGCACCUCGCCUAACGGCAGCUGGCACAAACUAGAGCGCGGCGAAAUCAAGCUGGACGCCGACUUCUUCGCUGGCUUUAAUUCGGACCUGAAAAACCCAGAGCUAUGGCGAAGGUACCAUGAAACCCGCCAAAGAAAAUCGACAGGCGAUGCCUCGGUACUCCCUCCCUUGCCGGAAUUGGAUGCAGAAUGGCUCUUCUGGGAAAUGAUGCGGAUAUCCCGCGAGCCGGAUCCCUAUAUGUUUCCUGCGCUGCGAAAAUUGAAAGAAUCGGGGAAAUUCAUUCUCGGUGCCUUGUCGAACACGGUUCAGUUUCCUGAUGGGCACCCCUAUAAUAACGACACCGCCAAGAUAAGGGCGCCGUUCGACUUCUUCAUCUCGUCAGCGCUUACGGGACUCAGGAAGCCGGAUCCGAAGAUCUACGAGGCUGCAGUGGAUGAGAUGGAUGCGAUGGCGAAAAAGAAAGGGAUGAAGGGUGCCAACGCAUCCGACAUUGUUUUCUUCGAUGACAUAGGAGAGAACCUCAAGGGCGCAAAGAAGGCCGGGAUGAGAACGGUCAAAGUCAACCUUGGGAGGACAAAAGAUGCAGUCAGGGAGCUCGAGAAAAUCACCGGCAUACAACUUCUGGACAAUCAGAACAGGGCUAAAUUGUGA